GAUGACGUCAUAUUUGGUCGACUUGUAGUUCCUGUAACACGUUAAGCAGCUAGGGCUAGUGUAGCAACGUGGCUAACGUUACUUUCACGUGUGUUUUGCUAACUGUUAGCUAACUGGGAUCACUGUCAUUCAAACUCGUUGUGCUGUAGGUGUUGUGUGCGUUAGUGUAGUAUCGUAUGGCUGGCAGCAGGAUGAAGCUGGAGCUGUCCCGUGUGGUUCAGGGAAGAAGCCGGCUGGGUGUCUUGAAGGAGCUCGGCAGGAUGGGACAGCACUCUCUGGAAGUCCCUGGCUGUGUGCUGCACACACACUGUGGCACAGUGCCACAUCUCACCCAGGACACACUGCACACCCUGAGCAACCUGCCCUCUGUCACUCAGGUCACCCUGUCCAAUAUAGCAGAGCACCAGGAAGUGUUGGAGGAGUUUAAGGAUGGAUUCAGGAAGUUUGCAGGUCUUCAUGAUACUGUGUUGUACUGCUCGCUUCACGACCCGGCGACCUGCUGCCCAACAGGUUACACCACUAACAAGACGGUGUCGGUGUGGGGCAGCGGUGGGCGGAUAGAGCUGACCGUGGCCAAGUUCAUGGCUCUCCAGAAGACCGUGCAGCCAGACUGGUACCAGAGCAUGGCCGACGGGGAGACGUGGCAGAACAACACCUCCCGCAAGAGGGUUCGAAAGUCGGUUGAUCGAACUCUCGCUCACUUGGAUGAGUGUCUGCUGGUUCAUCAAAACUCACAGGAGCUGGAGGGGGUGGAGGUGUUCGGGGUGGUGGAGGGAGGAGACAUCCUGGAAGAGAGGGUGCGCUCUGCCACGGAGACAGCCAAGAGGCCAGUUGCCGGUUUCUGCCUGGACGGCCUACAGACGGGCUCCAUGGACCAGACCCUGAGGACCCAGCUCAUCACUGCUGUGACCAAGGAGCUGCCUGAGGACAAACCCAGACUGCUGCAGGGUGUAGGACGACCUGAUGAGGUGCUGGCGUGCGUGGAGGCCGGUGUGGACCUAUUCGAGAGUUUCUUCCCCUUCCAGGUGACGGAGCGCGGCUGUGCUCUUUGCUUCAGCUUCGACGUCUCCCCGGACCCGGAGCACGCAGGUAGAGCGCCCCCUGCAGUGUUGGAGCUGAAUGAAGAAAGGGACACAGCAGGGGAGACGCAACAGAAUGGAGAUUUUAAUCCUGAUGAUCAAACGCAGAUGACAUCCUUUGAGAUCAAUCUCAAAGACAAGAGAUACCAGGACGACUUCAGGCCCCUGGUGGAGGGGUGUGGCUGCUACUGUUGUAAGAACCACCAGAGGGCGUACCUGCACCACCUGCUGGUGACCAAUGAGCUGCUGGCUGGAGUCCUGCUCAUGAUCCACAACACAGCCCACUAUCAUGCCUUCUUCGGCGCCCUGAGAGGAGCUCUGGCCAGCGAUAAACUGGACCUCCUAAAGAGACGGGUACUUAGGGAGAGAGGUGGGCAGACAGACAGACAGGACUAAGACUGAUAAAUCAGAAUGAUAGGAGAGUGAUUGAUCCUGCUUUUCCUCUAAAGGAUCACUGGACUGACUUGGCCUGACGCAAUCAAAGCUCUGUCUUACUACUGCAGGGAUCUUGAGACCCGCCAUAUGUCACUAGUGUCAUGUCUCAGAAGCACAUUUAAAAGAGGAGGAUGAAAAGACAACAAAGCGUGUAAAGACAACCAUUUGAUGUGUGUCCCUGGGGUUUGUGUCCCGGUUUCACACCAGGCUGGGACUGCUCCCUUAGGCUUGUCUAUUGAUCUGAGUAGAUAGCCAGGAGAAGUCAGGGUUAGGUGGCUGAAGAGGGAAAUGAGAUGGAUAGGAGGUCGAGAGGAAUUAACAUAAACAGAGAAGGUGUGGAUGGAUGGUGGUGUGCUAUCGACUAUGACUGAAUCCUCGUGCGCCUUCUGUUGUGGUCUGAUUAGGUCAGCAGAUGACCAAUAUCCUCUGCACUCAUUGACAUAGCAGCAUAGACCAGUUAUUAGAGGGGUGUACAAAUGACCAAAAUAGAUUCCACUUUCUCUUGUUAUUCAUUAAAACGAUUUCCUUGAGGCUUUUUGUCAUUUCACACUUUAUUGAUCUGUUGUCAUCAAGUAUUUGUCGUGUGUUCUUGUGCUCCAUGAAUAUUUUUAAUGUUUCAGUUGGAUGAGCUUUCGCAUGUAGAUUGAAUUCAUAUCAUUGUCAAACCCACUGACUAACCAGCAUGUACGAUGAUGAAGUUGUGUGUCACAUUAAAAAACACGCCGCUCUCAA